CCGGCCUAAACGGGCUCUAAAAACACGUUGUGACGAUUUACACAUUCUUUCCCUCUGCUUCUUCGCUGUAAUGGGGAUCAAAGCAACGUACGAGAUUCACCAAAACGCUUACAUCAAGCUCAUCCUCCAUGCAUCAAAGCACAAAAAUUCCGCCGUCAACGGCAUCCUCGUCGGCCGUGUCUCCGGCGAUGCCGCCGUCGUCGAAAUUGUGGAGUCCGUUCCAUUAUUCCACUCUCAAAUUGGCGUCCUUCCUCCCCUCGAAAUUGCCCUAAUUAUGAUAGAAGAGUAUUAUUGUGAUAAGGGUUUAAGCAUUGUUGGUUACUUUCAUGCCAAUGAGAGAUUUGAUGAUUCCGAACUAGGAAAUGGUGCUAAGAAUAUUGCAGAUCACAUCUCCGGAUAUUUCCCUCAAGCUGCUGUGCUCCUGUUGGAUAACAAGAAGUUUGAAACUUUAUCAAAAGAGGGGAAAGACAGGAGUCCUGUAAUGCAGCUUUUCACCAAGGAUGCAUCUGGGAGCUGGAAACUAGUGGGAUCAGAUGCAAGCCGUUUGAAAAUUAAACAGCCAUCAGCAAAUGUCAUCCUUCUAGAUUACAUUUCAUCGGGGAAAUGGAAGGAUAUUAUAGAUUUCGAUGACCACCUUAAUGACAUUAGCAAGGACUGGGUGAACACAGAGCUCUUCAAUUGAUGUUUAUAUGCAGAAACGGGCAAUAGAAGGUAGCCUGGGGGUGCACACAAUAGUACCUGUGCAUGAAACUACAUAUUAUUUGACCUCGGCGAUGACUGAUUGAUGAUGAGGUUUUUGAACUCUGCAUUCUGUCAUAUGAUGAAGUGAUUUCAAUUUUGAUUUGUCGUUUUACUUUCCGACCCCAACUUGUUGGAACUGAGGCGUCAUCGUUUUACUAUAUUAGUGUAAUGACCUAGUGGAAAAAGAGAGAUGCUUCAAAUUUACUCUUAGCGUGAUUUUGGAGCUAAUGAAAACUUGGAUCUAUUUGAAAACAUGAUUAUGGGACGAAGUUCACGUUCUAACACUGAAUAAUGUUUGUGUUUC